AUGACAAUGGAAAAAAAUGGAGGUAAUAGCAGCCGUGGUGGCCAAGUAGGCGGCAAGUCUGUGUGUGUUUACUGCGGGUCUUCAUUUGGCGCUAAGGCGCUAUACUCAGAAAGUGCAGAAGAAUUAGGAGCCCUUUUCCAUAAGCUGGGAUGGAAAUUGGUAUACGGUGGAGGCACUACUGGUUUGAUGGGCAAGAUAGCAAGGUCUACGAUGGGACCUGAUUUAAGCGGACAGGUUCACGGUAUCAUUCCAAAUGCACUUGUGUCUAAGGAAAGGACAGACGAGGAUAAAGAAGAUGUUAAUAAAGCAUUGUUGGAGUCUGUAGAAAAUCAUAAGGGCGCCACUCCUAUUUCUGAAGAGUAUGGGGAAACAACGAUUGUACCAGAUAUGCAUACGAGAAAAAGAAUGAUGGCAAAUUUGAGUGACGCGUUUGUUGCUAUGCCUGGUGGAUACGGGACUUUUGAAGAAAUCAUGGAAUGUAUCACGUGGUCGCAACUGGGGAUUCAUAAUAAACCAAUUAUCUUGUUCAAUAUCGAUGGGUUCUAUGACAAAUUAUUGGAGUUCCUCAAACACUCUAUUCAAGAACGGUUCAUCAGUGUGAAGAAUGGUGAAAUCAUUCAAGUUGCCUCCACUCCGCAGGAAGUUGUUGAUAAAAUAGAGAAGUACGUCGUUCCAGAGGGCCGUUUCAAUUUGAAUUGGAGCGACGAAGGUCACGCUCACGAGGAUUGUGCUAAAUAA